AUGGCUUCGAAUACAAUCUGGUUUACAUUCUUGAUAUUGGGUUUGUUCUUGCCCCAGUGUCAUCUGUUGGGCAGAAAAGGCAAAUCCGGAGGACGCAACUCGAAAGGCUCUUGCGAGUUGCACCUUACCAGGAAUGUAUCAGCCCUGGUAGAGGGGAUACCCGUUCAAUUCACCUGUUCUAGUGGGCGAUAUUGUAAGCUCGGUGAACUCAUACGUUUGUUCCUCAACGGCAGCCGGCCUAUCGAUGAACCAAUAGGCAACGCCUCGUCAAGCAAUCUGAGCUUUGUUCCUGACAGAAGCCACUCAGGGCUGCUGCUGGAGUGCCGAAUGCAUCUUGACAAUGUAAUACUUCCAUUGAUAAAGAACAUCACAUUGAAUGUAACAUUUCCACCUAAACGAGUCGCUGUGAGUGGCAGCUCAAUGAACUGCAACCAAACCUGCCGAGCAGAACUCACUUCAUGGCAAAGCUACGAGUUCAAAUGUCAAUCAGUUGACUCUAAUCCACCCUGCACAUUCAACUGGACACUCGAAGAUCCCGCUGGACGCGCCCCCGCUAUUACUCCUGAAAAUGCGAUCUCGGUGGUGAGCAAAACUCUUGAUGCGGGAUGGGACGCGACCAGCAGUGUCAGGCUGGAGGCUCUGCUGGACUACCACCGCAGAAUCCUGCGCUGUAGCGUGUUGCAUCCAAACAACCUGACCGUCUUCAGAGAGAUCAGUUUGGAGCUGCGUGUAAAUACAGUGGGCAUCGCCACUAUAAUCAUCGUCGGCUGCAGCCUCGUACUGUUAGUAGCUCUCUGCAUCCUGGCAUAUGCAGCAUAUAUAGCAGCUAUGUACAUACACUUCGUGAUUGCGCGUAAGAGGAAGAAGAAACGUACAAUUACACCUCCCGAACCAGACCAAUCAUCGGCUGUUCAGGGAGAGAAUGACUCGCCAGUUGAGAUCGAAGACAGCCUCCCCGAGCACAAUGCCCCAAACGCUCGACGAUUUGAACGAGACCGCAUCACUUUUCUCCACAAACUUGGCGAAGGUGCAUUCGGCGUGGUUUACAAGGGGCUAGCGGAUGGCAUCAUACAGGAGGGCAAGCAAGAAACAGUGGCUGUCAAAAUGCUGAAAGCUAGGGAACCCAGGUCAGGCGAAGUAAGUGAUUUCAUGAAGGAAGUGGACAUCUGCCGAACUUUGGAGAAACACCCGUUUGUCAUAAUGACCCUUGGGUGCUGCGUGGAGCAGGAGCCCUACUGUCUGAUUUUCGAGUAUGCGCCAAACGGAAACCUGGCGAAUUUUCUGAAGGAGAAGAAGCGAGAAUGGAGGCAAAAAUCUCAUGUCGCACCAAUCAGCUCCAAUCAGAUCAUCAAGUUCGCCUGUCAGAUUGCCAGCGGCAUGCAUUAUCUGUCGUCCAUGAAGAUCGUUCACAGGGAUUUGGCCGCUCGCAACAUCCUCCUAGGCGAAGAUCUGAUAUGUAAAGUUUCAGAUUUCGGCUUCUCUCGUGAUGUCAUAGCCGAGGAUUUUUACAAGAUGUCCUCAUCUGGAGCUGUUCCCCUUCGAUGGAUGGCUCUCGAAUCGAUCGUCGACAAUAUCUACACUAGCAAGUCCGAUGUCUGGUCCUACGGAAUCUUGCUAUGGGAGAUGGUUACAAUGGGGGUCCAUCCUUACCCUGGAAUCGAGGUCUCAGAUAUAAUUGAUGCCUUACAAAAUGGCAGACGUUUGCCGAAACCCUCUCACUGUGGGGAUAAACUUUACACUAUCAUGAAGGAGUGCUGGCACCCCACGCCAACGUCACGCCCCAACUUCGAUAGUAUACUAAACAACGUUGAUCCCAUGUCCAAGAAUCCAUCGAAAUAUCUCCAGAUGUCAAAGUUCACAGAAGAGUAUUAAG